AUGACUCCUCGCGUGACCGACCCAGCACCAGCUGCUGACCUCCCCUUUGCGACAGAGUCGCGCACCGGACUUGCCGGCGCGCAAUCGGCGGAGGCCGUUGCGGCGGAUGGGCGGACAGGCGUGGGGCUAGCGGAGGGCAAGCGGCGAGGCGGAGGGGCGGGCGCCUGUUCAACGGGCGCGGCGGAUAGUGGGGACGGGGAUGACGUGGGGUCGGGGGCUGGAGUGGGUGUAGAUUUGCGCCUGGAGAAAGAACCGGACGUGGCGAACAUCCACCAUGUUUCGUCGCUGCAGGGCCUUCCUGAAGACAUUGUGCUGCUGCUGCUGUGGCGCACGCUGCAGAGAGGAGCACUGACAGAGCGGGUGCUGAAGGUGUUCCGGGCAACACAGCACCCACUGGUGGAGGAGGCGGUGGUGCUGCUGGGCCUCACCCACCACUCGCCUGCGCCCGUCCUCCCCACUCGCUGCACUGACAGCUCUCUACGCUGA